AUGGCUUCGUGGCUGCGUAGUAAAGCACAGAGAUUUGAGGGCUUCUUAGAUGCUCGCACANAAUCCACCGCAACGGCACCAGCUGUCAGAGGCACAGCCGAGACAGGAAUACCCACACCGCAGAACCCAACACUUUUACAGGCAUUCGAAUGGCACACACCUGGUGGACACUGGACCCGCCUCGCACAAACAGUCCCUGGCCUGUCUGACAUCGGCAUCACUUCACUCUGGCUUCCUCCCGGCUGCAAAGCCAAUGAACCACAUGGCAACGGCUACGACUGCUACGACCUCUGGGAUCUCGGCGAGUUCGAUCAGAAAUGGACGCGUGCAACCAAAUGGGGAUCUAGGGAAGAGCUCGACGAGUUGAUCGCCAAGGCCAAAGGCUUGGAGGUCCUGAUUAUCUGGGAUACUGUUCUGAACCACAAGACAGCUGGAGACGCCAAAGAGGAGUACCGUACCAUCGAAACAACGACACCAAGGAAGAUCGAGCCCUGGAUUCAUUUCUACUUUCCCGGCCGCGGAGACCGCUACAGCAGUCUGAAAUGGCACUGGCAACACUUCAGUGGCACCGACUGGGACCAGCGUACCCAGAAGAAUGCCAUCUACAAGAUCGUUGAUCCCNCGGAGACACUCNCCCGCCCUGGAGCCGUCGUGGACCCCACCUGGCACAAGAAAGACUGGGCCACCGAUGUCGACAACUGCAUGGGCAACGGAGACUAUCUCAUGUUCUCCAAUAUCGACUAUUCAAACGCCGAAGUCAGAGAAGACGUCCAGAGAUGGGGCGAGUGGAUGGUGAACCAAGUCGGCGUGGACGGCUUCAGACUGGAUGCUGUGCCUCAUAUCAGCUGGAUGUUCAUCCGAGAAUGGAUCCGCAUCGCAAAGGAAGCCGCCAAGCGCCAGAACCGUAAUCUCUUCAUCAUGGGCGAGUUCUACAACGGCAACGUCAACAAAAUUCUGCAGUGGAUGGACAGAAUGAACAACGGAGUGUACGCUUACGACAUCCCGCUUCUGGGCAACUUUGCCAAAAUCUCCAUGGCAACGAGCAAGCUUGACGUCGACUUGAGAAAGGUCUUCAAGAAUACCUUGACUCAACACCGACCCGGCAAUGCGGUCACCCUUGUAACCAGUCACGAUACCCAGCCAGGUCAGACAGUCGAAACUCCCGUUGCACCUUACUUCAAGCCUCUGGCUUACGCAAUUAUGCUCUUGCGCCGCGAAGGUCUGCCUUGUGUUUUCUGGGGCGACAUGUACGGCAUCAAGGGCCCACAUACAUCGCCGGCAGCCUGUGAAGGCAAACUGCCUACUCUUAUCCUCAGUCGCAAACUCUUCGCUUACGGCGAGCAAACUGACUAUCUCGAAAGUAGAACUUCGAUUGGUUGGGUUCGCCAUGGUACCUGGGACAAAGUCGACGGCUGCGUGGUCAUCAUGAGCAUCGGUGGCGCUGCUAAGAACAGCAUGUUCGUUGGUCCUACCAAAGCUGGCCAGGUCUGGACCGAUGUGCUGGGUAAAUCUAAUCAUGCAGUCACCAUUGAUGACAGAGGCUACGGCGUCUUCAGAUGCACUGAAAAGAGCGUCAGUGUCUACGUGCGCAAGGACGCACCUGGCAGAGCUGAGUUUGGAGCUUGCCAGCCUGCAAACUUCACUAUGCCAUGA